AUGAAGAACUCACUCUUCCAUGUGUCCUCUGUAUACUCUGGUCAUCGAUACUUUUUAUCCAGCAAACUCAACACUAUAGAGGUCAAAUUUGCAGCCUCUACCUGCGCCCUAUACGGUGGUUACCUAGUUGAAAUCAACUCCUACAACGAAAUGAAGUUUCUCAAAAAUUUCUUGUCAGCCUACCCAGAUUAUACACUCGUGCUCACUGGAGGCAACGACGAAGGCAUUGAAGGACACUGGUUUAACAGGUACAGUGGAACCUCAAUGGCCUACCUGAACUGGGCAGGUGGAGAGCCGAAUGAAGGUCGUGGCGCCAACUGUCUUUACUUGUGGAGAGAGAGGAGCAUGCAAAUGUGCGACAAUGCGUGUUAUCUUACUAGUACUUCGUUCAAUUUGGGAUAUUUGUGUAAAAUACCUGCGUAG